ACUUUUAAAUUGUUAACAUAAACCCUAAUGUCGGGAAAAUAUUAAAAUUAUUUUUAACUUGAGGGACCUAUAAUGACACUGAACCCUAAUUACCAAAAUCUUUUACGCCAAAACAACAAAAACCCCUUUUGGUGACUGUAAUUGUUAAGCUUUCGAUCAAAAACCCAAUCUCUCUGUCCGCAGAGAGGAUCAAUUCUUGAUUCAGAGAAUCAAACUUGGUGUGUGUGUGAGAGAGAGAGAUAACGAAGAUGGACGCUAUGAGGAAGCAACUCGAUGUGCUCAUGGGAGCUAACAGAAACGGCGAUGUCACGGAGGUCAAUCGCAAAUACUACGACCGUGAUGUUUGCCGUCUUUACCUAUCUGGUCUCUGUCCUCACGAGCUUUUCCAAUUGACGAAAAUGGAUAUGGGUCCUUGCCCAAAGGUGCACUCUUUGCAGCUGAGGAAAGAAUAUAAAGAUGCAAAGGCAAAAGGUGUUGACAACUACGAUAGGGAAUUGGAAGAUGCGAUAGAUAGGCUUAUUGUUGAGUGUGAUAGAAAGAUUGGUAGGGCUCUAAAUCGUCUUCAGGAAGAGGAUGCCAAAGCUGCCAUUGCAAUUUCUGUCACAGAAUUUACUCAGUCACCUGAAAUUCUUGAAUUAUCGAAGCAAAUCAAAGAGAAGAUGAAGGAAGCAGACCUGCACGAUCUUGAAGGCAAAACAGAUCUGAAGAUUAGAGCUCUUGAGUUAGUUGAAGAGAUGAGGACGAAGAGAGCUGACCUACAGGCUGUGCUACUGUUGGAUGCCUUCAACAAAGAUAGGGCAUCCUUGCAACAGCCCAUUCCAGCUCAGCAACCAGCUGCAGCGUUACCUCCUCCUGAUCCUCGUACUCAGGAAAUGAUCAAUGAAAAACUAAAGAAAGCAGAAGAGCUUGGUGAACAAGGGAUGGUUGAUGAGGCGCAGAAAGCACUAGAAGAGGCAGAAGCUCUUAAGAAGCUUACUGCUAGACAAGAACCUGUAGUGGAUUCAACCAAGUAUACUGCUGUUGACGUGCGCAUUACAGACCAGAAGCUGCGUCUAUGUGACAUAUGCGGAGCAUUUUUGAGCGUCUAUGACAGGCUAUUUGGGCCCAGUUUUACGAGGAUUACUUUUGCAGCUAAUAAAUGUGCGUUCUUUCUUGAUUUAUUGUGCCUUGAUCGUCGGUUAGCUGAUCAUUUUGGAGGGAAGCUUCAUUUGGGUUACAUGCUGAUCCGCGACAAAUUGGCAGAGCUUCAGGAGGAGAAGAACAAAGUUCACAAGGAACGGGUCGAAGAAAGGAGAUCAAAGGAGAGAAGUAGAGAGCGAGAAUCAAGUAAAGACAGAGACGGAGGAGAUAGCCGUGACCGUGGAAGAGAUGUUGACCGUAGGAGUAGAGAUCGCGACAGGCACCAUGAUCACCGAGAACAUGACAGAAACUAUAAUCAGUCACGUGGCUAUGACUCGAGAAGCCGGCGCAGUUCGCGAUCCCGGUCUAGGGAAAGACCGAGGGAUUAUGAUCGCCGCAGACGCCAUGACCGCUACUAAGACCCUGCCAAAGAUGGUUGCGCCAGGUUUAAGAGGCUCUUACAGAUGUGUUUAGGAUCAAUUUGGAGUUGCAAACACUUUCAUUUUUCUUUGCUCAAGUGUUUUAAGGAUUUUUGAGAUUGUAAGUUACUAAAGUUUGUAAGAGGAGCUUCUCGAGAUAUUUUUGAUUUUUAUGUUGUUGACAUCAAAGACUUGUGAGUAGAAGAUUCCUCUAACAUAAAACCAAAAAACUUAU